AUGGAUGUUCGCGCAGAUACGAGAGACGACGACGAUCUCUUAGCCGCCAUCAUGUUGAACGUUCAAAGAACACUCAGUUUCGCUCCAGAUAAAAUUUUGUGCGGCGACCUCAGUACAAACCUGUCUAUUGUUCAAUUUAUGGGUUCAUCUGUUUCUCGACACCGGAGGUGGAGUGGGAAGGCUAUAAGAGCCCAUAUUCUCGCUGAACUAUGCACAUUGUUAGUCAAUCUCAGAAAACUAAGCGCUAAUAGCGAAAAACUUGAGGAAUACAUAGUUGGACUUGGCAAGAAAAUUGUUCUUGAAAAGAAUACCGAGUUAAUGUCUCCGGAAGUGUCAGCUGAAGUCGUUAGAGAGCCAUCUAUAGCAGAAAAUGAGAGCUUCGCGUCUGUAGAGGGACCAUUGGCCAAAGGAAAUGAAGCUCAGAAAAGCGCUAGUGAGGCUUUCUGGGUUCCAUAUUCAGAUAACGACACGAAGCCGGCCGAAGAAGAAAAGUCUGCAAAAAAGAAGAAGAGAUCGCGAUCAUUACAGUGCGUACUGAUUUUCCUCUACCUGCUCUAUGUCACUAUUUCGUAUCUGGUUUAUUCGCAGAAAAAACUCGUUCGCCGUUUAUCUUCUCGUUGGCGUCCUGCAAAUUAUUCGCCAUUGUCUACGAAUGAUAUGGACGGUGAUUCCACUCUACCAGUAAAUAGACACAGUGAUUUCAACUAA